UUGAUGGUAUCUAGUGUUCAAAGGCUGAAGCUUGAUUAACAUCUGCUUGGACAAAUUGUCAUUGUGAAGUGGUUUUGAUGUGCAUUGAAGAUUAUUUCUUUCUGGCUUAUCUGAUGUUGUGGCUGUGAAAUGCUUGUCUUGGGUUUGCUUAUUUUUGUAAACUACUUCCUUUGGCUGUAAAUUGCAGAGCACUGGAGCUUUACCAAAAGUGCAGUGUAUAAUGGUAAGCUUGUCCUAAUAAGGGAAGCAAGAAGUGUAUUUAUCACAGACAUGAAAGCUAACCGAGGACUUGAGAGACUCAAACUGGUGCUUUUGUCUCUCUCUCUCUCUCUCUGUCUUUCUCUCUCUCACACACACACACUCUCACACACACACACGCACACACACACACAUAUACACACAAAAAUGAAGCACUUACUUUAGAAAGAUUAUGGUAAGCAUGCUGGCUCAGUCUUGAACCUUUGUCACCCCUCACGUUGCACACCAAAGACAUACCCUAGUGAUUAAAUGCUGAUUUUGUGUACGAUUGUCCACGGACGCCAAAACAAUCACAGAGCUGCUUGAUUUGUUUUAAUUACCAGCACAAAAUGCCAUCAGUCUGGGACGUGAUCGGGCAGAGGUGUACUCACAGUAGUGUAAAUACUGCUGUAAAUAGUUGCCUGAUGGUGGCUUUGACAGUGAGCUAGCUUCUGAGUUUUCCCUUCUUUUUAUACUGUUUUCCGCGCUGGCUUUUUUGACUCUUCCUAAUUUUUCAUCUCUUUAACAAACUCCUAUGAAGUUGAAACCGGGAAGUUUGCUCUAACAUUUCCAGAGAAGGUAUUAAGUCAUGAUGCAGGAAUCUGCGACAGAGACAAUAAGCAACAGUUCAAUGAAUCAAAAUGGAAUGAGCACUCUAAGCAGCCAAUUAGAUGCUGGCAGCAGAGAUGGAAGAUCAAGUGGUGACACCAGCUCUGAAGUAAGCACAGUAGAACUGCUGCAUCUGCAACAACAGCAGGCUCUCCAGGCAGCAAGACAACUUCUUUUACAGCAGCAAACAAGUGGAUUGAAAUCUCCUAAGAGCAGUGAUAAACAGAGACCACUGCAGCCAUGAGACAGACUUGUGGUUCUUCAACAGCUGUGCAGAGCAGAGACGUAAAUUUAAGGUAAAUGCCAUUGCUUUGCUAUCUUAGAUGAAUAUUAGUUUUUAGCAUUGUAAUCACUUCCUUCAUUGUAGGUUAAUAUAUAAUAUAAAGUUCUCCUUUCUAAUAGGUAAUUGAAUUCUAAAAUUUUUAUAAUUCUGUCUUAAGAAGUUCAAGAAUGGAAUAGUAAAAAGCAAAAGAGAAUUAAACUUGGGGGUCUUAUUCUGACUCUGCCACAAAUAGUUAUAUAAGUUUGAGGAAGUUGCUGAACAUCUUUAAAAUAAAGACAUUGGGCUAACUGAUGAACAAGAUCUUAAAUUCCAUGGUUAAAUAUUUAUUUUGUUUUCAUUUUGAAGUAAGUGAAAGGUAUCUUAAUUUUUCAGGAUUAAAUGUAUCUUGUUGGAUAUUGCCUUAUGAAGUAAGGGUUAUGUUUUUUUUGCCUGGUUUUUGUUACAAAGCAUUUGUUUAUUAACAUGCCACAUCCAGAAACAGUGCCUUGGAAACAAAGAAUUAAAUCCCACAUGUAUGAAAACCAUUGUGCAAAUACAAUUCUGUGUAUCUGAGGAAGCUUUGUUUUGUUUAAUGCCUUGAAAUAUUAUAAAUUGCAUUUAUGAGAAAUAUAAGCUACAUAAAAAUUAUUUAACCAAUGUAUUUAAUAAUCUACAUUGAACUAUGUUUUGAUAUAAUGCAACUUAACAUUAUUUUUACUUUACUAUUUCAUUCCAAAUUGUUAAAAAUAACAAAAGCUGACAAAACCAGAAAUUCUAUAGUAAACUAAUUAACAAUACUGAAAUUUCAUAUUCUAUGUAAAAAAUCAAGAAUAAGGUAUAAAACUUUAUAAUUUGUAAAAUAUUCUGGAGGAAAAUACUAACUUAUAUGGGAUAUAGAAUCAGGCAUUACAGAAUGUCUUUUAGGAAAUUAUAAAAUUUUAUUUAUGUAGCUAUAAAGAAUGAAAUUGAGUAUUUCUUUUUCAGUAUUACUUUUAAAUAUAAUGUAAAAGAAAUGGAGAGAAGCUAAACCACAUUUUGUUCCAAAUAAAAGCAGCAUUGCCAGAAAAAUUGAGAUAUAGGUUUAAAUAGAGCAAUCUAUUGUGAUGCCCGAAAUUUAGAAAUAAGUUUUUAAAGAUAUUCUUUACUAUUUAUAUUUUCUGUAUAUUGAAAAAUGAGCAGGAGGUCUAAUACAUUAUUUCUUGAUCAUAAUAAACGUAUUUAAUUCAAAUAUUGUUUUAAAGAACAGACUAUGUCUUGUGUGGCUCUUAUUUUCCCAUUCCAGUGAAGAACAUUUCUUAAAAGGCAGCAUGAAAUAGGCAAAUUUAAAAGAAUGUUAUAGAAUACAAUUUUUGUUAAACUAUGAUGGUAUUUCUAUCCAUGACCAGCUGCUCAAGGCUGACACCCUGUGGAGGAGGGUCUGGGACAUUGAGCUCAUUACUACUGAGCAUGCUUGUGUGGAAAACUUACCGUAUGAUAUACUCUUGGCAUACAGAAGAAAGAAUGACGUGUUUUAGAUCGGAAGCCUGCCUUUGCCAUUAAUAGGGCUUUGGAUAGAAUAACUUGAUCUCUUUGGAGCCUGUUUCCUCAUCCCUAAAACAGGAAUAAGGAUACCCAAACUUUCAAGAUUGCUAUGAAGACCAAAAAGUAUAUUAUGUAAAGUAUUUAGCAUAAAUCCUUGGAUAAGGAGUUAAUAAAUAAUUACCAUUAUGCUAGCCUCCAGGAAAUUGGUAUUUAAUUCAAGGUUAUGAUAUAUAUUCUGUAUCAUAGCAUUUGGCUGUAAUUUUUUACUAUUCCCAGCUAUUUCAAUGAUUUGAAGUAUACCCUUGUUGUAACUGUGUGUUUUAAGGAAUACUAGAGUGUUUUCCCCUGCUAUAGGCUCCGACCACAUAUAUACUUCACACUCGCCACACAUAAACUUGUAUUUUAAUGUUUAUCUUCUCUAUUAAACUGUAAGCUAUAUGACAGCAGGAAUCAUGAAUUCUCUACUCUUCUCUAGUGCCUAGCACAGUGCUUGGUGAAUAAUAAAGCUCAAAAAAUAAACUUAUUGAAACAAUGAAUAAGGAGGAGAUUGUGCUGAGUGGAGCAGAGGAGGAAGGUUGGAGGAGGGAAAAAAAUUCAUUCAUUC